AUGACUCUACUCACCGCUAUUCUGCGAUGCCUUCGGAGAGCCUCUGCGCCUCUCAAGAGGAUGAUUGGGCGGGUUCUGUUCUUGUUCAGUUACAUCUUCCGGUUGCGACGGUGCUCGCGUACCCCAUCAGAUCACCAACCACCCCCUGCAGUAAAGGAACACUCUUUCAUCGCUGCUAUGACUCUUCCAGAGCGCUUACAAGGCCCUAUCGAGGCGAGUGGGCCAGGGACGUGUCCACCUCCCCGACCACCCUCUUCGGCAUCUUCAGGCCCCAUCGGCAUCUGCGUUGAUGAUUCGCACUUUACACCCGACGAUGGACGUAGCACUCGAUCGUGCUCACCAAACCAUGGACUGGCGCCAUCUUCGAUACAGCACUUGAGCCCCGAUGCUAGCCCAAGAAGUACAUCGCGCUCGCGGCUUUGGGCCCCGUCAGAAGAUGAGCCCGGCACUAGCAAUCGGCCUUAUGGUGUCUACUUGGAAGCGCCCGAUCAUCCCGGAGGCGUCAACGGGUCCACUCAGAGUUUCACUUCUUCCCUGACCGGACGAAGACCGCCCAGCAUGCUAAGCAGGGAGAGCGUAGAGUCCCGGAAGGGCAAGUAUCGUUCUUACAAUGGCUCGACCCAUUCCAUUGGCAAGGUGACAGGGCCUGCGAGAUCUCCUGUGGUAUCUGCCAGGGCUAGCCAGGAGCUCCAUAUUGGUCAAAUAGGGAUUCCUGUAUCUUCCAAUCAGGCGCUAACCAUGCCUCCCGGUCGAACGUUGGCUCCGCCUGUCGAUGGACAAGGUGACUCGAUAUCAUUAGGAACUACUCAGGUUGCUGGAACGAUUGAGUUAGUUCCUUCCGAACAAUCAUAUGAUGUCCCCGUCGCUCCGAUGUUGCCCGUCGAGCUGCAACGAUACGAGCGCCGCGGUAUCAAUAAAAUGACAACCUCGGACUAUGCAGUCCCAUGCAUGACAGCGUACUGUCCCGAACAUGAAUCCGAUUAUCCCUCCGGAGACUCGAAUCCAAUCCCACAGGAUUGGCAAAUGUGUUCACAUCCCGAAGGUGCAGCCUUCUACUACUGCGAGAGCAAGAGAGCGUUUACAGACGUUGACGUAUGCGACAACGACAUCCAGUCGGAUGUCGAAUGGUAUAUUGAUUACCUCCACGACAAACUAAAGGACAUGCUGGCUUGCAACCGUCACUAUAGUAAGCAACAGAAAAGUGCGAUAGAGCAUAACUCUAUGCUAGUCGUCGAACCGCAGCUCAAACGCACUGCGGGCGAGGACGAGGUGAUCAUCCUUUACUACUUUGUCAACCCCGAUGGUCGGACUAUAUUCUGGCUGCACGACACCGACUACACAUUUUUUGGCGUUGAAGGCGUCACCCAAAUGUCACACAAAAAACUAGCGAUAACUGCACAUUAUUGGAAGCACUGGGAUAUGUACCCGCUGAAUUGCAAAGUUGACAGCGCCUUAGUAAACGAAGUUAAAGACAUCAUCCUUCACGCUAAGUGUGAUCAUGCGACCUCUAAGUACACUGCUGGGCCUGUUGGCCCUGGAGAAGUGAAUGAAUAUCUGUCAAUACUUGAUAAGAUCAAACAACCGGACAAGUCAGAGUCCAACCUCUACGUGUCGUGUAUCAUUGGACGUAUGAUGUUUACCAUUGCCUACAAUCAGUAUCUUAACUUUCACGGACAACCGUGCGCACGCCUCAACUCGAAUGACAGUGUCUAUGGAUGGAAGUACAAACCUUCGCUAUGGAUGAAGGUUGGUUCGUGGUUACUGCUCCGCGCACCAGAGUCCCAUGUCUCCGCCCUUCAUGAUAUUUGUACGGACGGCAUUGCUAGCAAACACACAUGGAGUGAUUUUGUAGCGGGGUUGAAUGCACAGCUUCAAGACUUUAACCUUCUCGCUACUGUGCUGUUGAACGCCAACGUCGGGUUCCUUGCCAUACAGUCCGUUGAUAAUGGAUCCAACCCACAAGCGGUUGCGAAUGAUGCGGCUGACCCCACGCGCUCAUGGACCCAGAUAGCGAGCUACUGGUCGUUGGCGUUUAGUAUUGGAAGUAUGAUCCUCGGUACCUUCCUCGUCCGCUUUCAUCAGGGCCCAGAACACAAAGAUGCCCAUGCAGUGGCUCAGUUUCUGAAGAAAAUGCGAUCCGAAAAGCGUGGCCUUGAGCGUUUAGCGGUUGUCUACAGUCUUCCGUACGCGCUUCUCAUGUGGGGUAUCGUCUGCUUCUUUUGUGCAUUUGCCAUUGAAUCGUGUCAACGCGGACAACGACGUGACUUCGUCUCUGUAGGCUCGAUAUUCGGGAUUAUCUUCGGUCUCAUCGUAUACGCCAUCAUUUCGAUCCUGUAUGGACCAUGCGAAAGAAGGGUUAAAGAUCACGUCUCGUCGUUCAGACCCAAACUGUCUGACUUCGAGGCGCUCAAAAGCAAGAUUGGACUUGCUUCUUCAUCCGCCGAGAAGCGGGGGAAAGGGCCGUCGUGGUGGAAUCGUCGCAAGCCUCUCGAUUCCGAAGCCGGAGAUUACCUCUCCGAUAAUAUCAGGGGGUCGCCUAGUAGGGGCGCACAAGUUGAGGUUUUCAGUCAUACAAGCUUUGCAGAUGGAACACAGCAUGAAUCCUCCCUCGUGUCGAUGAGUGACGACAUACCCCUUCACAGCCUAUCGUCCGGUCGGCCACAGCGUCCUGCGAUCACCAUCUCAGAUGAGCGACAUCAUGAUCUGUCCCGUUCCCAGAGUUCGCCCACGUAG